UAAUAAGAAACAGGGGAAGGAAAAAACGAGAGGCCCCAAAUCGCUAGCCUUUUGCAGCUCAAGUUGUUUUAGAGUCCCCAACACAUAGCCUUCUCCUCUCCCUCUUACCUUAUCCUAUCCCACUCCUCUCUUCUCUUCUCUUCUCUCUCUUUAAAAUUCUCGAUAACACUCUGUAAUCAACAUCCACCCUCCUUUCUGUUCUUCUUUAAAACCCCCCCUUCACUCUCCAAUUUUUCUCAGCCCUUUUACAAUUUCAUUUACUUCUGUUUCUGGGCAAUCCGAGAUGGCUCCCAAGGCAGGAAAGACAAAGCCGCAUAAGCCUAAAGGAGACAAGAAGAAGAAAGAAGAGAAAGUUUUGCCCACUGUUGUUGAACUCACUGUAGAAACUCCACACGAUUCGCAAGUCACUCUUAAGGGAAUAUCAACAGACAGGAUCUUGGAUGCGAGGAAGCUCUUAGGAGUACACGUGGAGACAUGUCAUUUAACCAACUUCACGUUGUCUCACGAGGUUCGAGGCUCUAGACUAAAAGAUUCGGUGGACAUCAUCUCUCUAAAACCAUGCCACGUCACAAUCGUCCAAGAGGACUACACAGAAGAACUCGCCGUCGCACAUAUCCGGCGACUGCUCGACAUCGUCGCUUGCACCACCUCCUUUGGCGGGUCCUCCAAUUCCCCCAAGUCUUCGGCUCGAACCAGUCCCAAGGACAUUGGGUCGAAAGAAUCUUGUUUGACUGAUUAUGAGGCCAGUCCCGGAAGCGGCGGCGAGCAGAGUGGCAAACCUAAAUCAGCGGGGACCGGAGACAAGAAAGCGGUCCCAGGCUCUCUCGGGGUUAAGGGAUUCAAAAACCUGGACGGUCCGUACGAUAUUUCGGAGAAAGCUGAUGGGUCCGUUUCAAUGUGCCCACCGCCGCGGCUUGGCCAGUUUUAUGAGUUCUUCUCCUUCUCUCAUCUGACACCGCCACUUCAAUACAUUCGGAGAUCGAGUCGCCCAUUCCUUGUGGAUAAAACAGAAGAUGAUUUUUUUCAGAUUGAUGUUCGUGUUUGCAAUGGAAAACCAACGACAAUUGUUGCUUCAAGAAAAGGGUUUUACCCUGCUGGGAAACAUCUUCUUCUUAAUCAUUCCUUGGUGGGUCUGUUGCAGCAGAUAAGUAGGGCAUUUGAUGCUGCAUAUAAAGCGCUUAUGAAAGCUUUCACAGAUCACAACAAAUUUGGAAACCUACCUUAUGGUUUUCGAGCAAAUACAUGGGUGGUUCCUCCUUUUAUUGCAGAGAACGGAUCUGUUUUCCCCCAACUUCCUGUUGAAGAUGAAAAUUGGGGAGGAAAUGGGGGCGGGCAAGGAAGAGAUGGCAAGCAUAAUCUCAGGGAGUGGGCAAAAGAAUUUGCAGUACUAGUUGCAAUGCCUUGCAAAACUGCAGAGGAGAGGCAAAUCCGUGAUAGAAAAGCAUUUCUGCUUCACAGUUUAUUCGUCGACGUGUCAGUUUUUAAAGCGGUUGAAAUCAUCAACUCCCUUGUCGAAACUAACCGAUUUCCUGUAAAUGAUUCAAAUGGUUUAGUAGCACAUGAAGAAGUUGUUGGAGAUCUAAUCAUUAAGGUAACAAGAGAUGUAGAAGAUGCAAGCGUAAAAUUGGACCGUAAAAACGACGGGAGUUUGGUUCUUGGAGUCUCGACAGAGGAUCUUUCUCAAAGAAAUUUACUUAAAGGAAUAACUGCUGAUGAGAGUGCUACUGUUCAUGACACUUCCACAUUAGGCGUUGUGGUCAUUAGACAUUGUGGCUACACAGCUAUUGUGAAAGUUGCAACAGAGGUGAAUUGGGGGGAAAAUCCUAUUCCUCAGGACAUUAACAUUGAAGAACAACCUGAAGGAGGAGCCAAUGCUUUAAAUGUUAAUAGCUUGAGAAUGCUGCUGCUCAAGUCAUUCACACCUCAGGCAUCAAGUACAUCUAAUCGAUCGCAGACGACCGAUGUUGAUAAUUUACAAUAUUCGAGGACGGUAGUUAGGAAAGUAAUGGAGGAAAGUUUGUUGAGAUUGCAAGAAGAGCCUGCCAAAAACUCUAGGUCCAUUAGGUGGGAGCUAGGUGCAUGUUGGGUUCAACAUUUGCAGAAUCAGGCUUCAGGAAAAACUGAGCCUAAGAAAACAGAUGAAACCAAGUUAGAGCCAGUUGUAAAGGGUCUUGGAAAACAAGGUGGACUUCUAAAGGAAAUUAAGAAAAAAACAGACCUUGGAAGUAGCAAAGUAGAGCCUGCGAAGGAAGUUGAUCCCAUUAAUCAGAAGGAGAUGGAGAAACAAGACGAAGAUAAGGAACAGAUGUGGAAAACGUUGCUUUCAGAAUCUGCGUAUUUGCGACUCAAAGAAUCAGAAACCGGUCUUCACAAAAAGUCACCUGCGGAGUUGAUUGAUAUGGCUCAUAAGUACUAUGCUGAUACCGCCCUUCCGAAACUGGUUGCAGAUUUUGGGUCACUUGAACUCUCACCUGUUGAUGGAAGGACGUUGACAGAUUUUAUGCACACACGGGGGUUGCAAAUGUGCUCGUUGGGGCGUGUGGUUGAACUUGCUGAUAAGCUUCCGCAUGUGCAAUCUUUAUGUAUACACGAAAUGAUUGUUCGAGCUUAUAAACACAUCCUGCAAGCAGUUAUAGCUGCAGUCGAUGUUUCUGACUUGGCCACAUCGAUAGCAUCGUGUCUAAAUGUACUGUUGGGAACACCUUCGACCGAAGAUGAAGUCGACUGGACCAAUGAUUGUAAUCUGAAAUGGAAGUGGGUGGAAACAUUCCUUCUCAAGAGAUUCGGAUGGCAAUGGAAAUAUGAUGGCACUCAAGAUCUCAGAAAAUAUGCCAUCCUUCGCGGUUUAUGCCACAAGGUUGGGCUAGAGCUUGUCCCCAGGGAUUACAAUAUGGAAAGUGCUUCCCCUUUCAAGAAAUCAGAUAUUAUAAGCAUGGUUCCUGUAUACAAGCACGUUGCGUGUUCGUCAGCAGAUGGGCGUACACUGUUGGAAUCUUCCAAAACUUCCCUGGAUAAAGGGAAAUUGGAGGAUGCUGUUAAUUAUGGUACAAAGGCGCUCUCGAAACUUGUAUCUGUCUGCGGUCCAUAUCAUCGAAUGACUGCUGGAGCGUAUAGUCUUCUGGCCGUUGUACUCUAUCAUACAGGGGAUUUUAAUCAGGCAACAAUAUAUCAGCAAAAAGCAUUGGAUAUUAAUGAGAGGGAACUUGGACUUGACCACCCUGAUACAAUGAAAAGUUAUGGAGAUCUAGCUGUUUUCUAUUAUAGACUUCAGCAUACAGAACUGGCGUUGAAGUAUGUUAACCGAGCUCUGUACCUUUUGCACUUGACUUGUGGACCUUCUCAUCCAAACACAGCAGCUACUUACAUCAAUGUAGCAAUGAUGGAAGAAGGUUUAGGAAAUGUGCAUGUUGCUUUAAGGUACCUGCAUGAGGCUUUGAAGUGCAACCAGAGACUUCUAGGGGCUGAUCAUAUACAGACUGCUGCGAGCUACCAUGCGAUAGCGAUUGCUCUUUCAUUAAUGGAAGCGUACUCGCUAAGUGUUCAGCAUGAGCAAACUACUCUGCAAAUACUACAGGCCAAGCUUGGAUCUGAGGAUUUGCGUACUCAGGAUGCAGCUGCAUGGCUUGAGUACUUUGAAUCGAAGGCCUUGGAGCAGCAGGAAGCUGCUCGGAAUGGCACCCCUAAGCCAGAUGCUUCCAUCUCCAGUAAAGGUCAUUUAAGUGUGUCAGACCUCUUGGAUUAUAUAGCUCCCGACGCAGAUUUAAAAGCCAGAGAUGCUCAGAGGAAGGCUCGUGCAAAGAUCAAAGGAAAAUCAGGUCAAUAUCCAGAAACAGGCGCUGAAGAAUUCCAGAAGGAUGAAGAUUUGUCGCCAAGUUAUUCCGCCGUUGAGAGUCCAAGUGAUAAAGAAAACAAAUCUGAAGAAGCCCCAUUGGAGGAACAUGUAAUUGAAGAAUCUGACACAGUUCUGUUUGAUGUUAUGAAGAUUAAUAAAAAUUAUGAUCAAGUGCAAGACGAGGCCUCAGAUGAUGGUUGGCAAGAGGCUGUUCCUAAAGGACGUUCUAUUUCAGGUCGGAAGUCUUCAGGUUCAAAGAGACCAAGCUUGGCCAAAUUGAAUACUAAUUUCAUCAAUGUAUCUCAAUCGUCAAGAUAUAGGGGAAAGCCUAAUAGCUUUGUGUCCCCUAGAACAACCACCCCAACUGAAUCUACAGCUUCAGUUGGCUCAUCCAUUCCUGUUCCACAAAAAAUGACUAAGAGUGGAAGCUUCAGUUCCAAGUCUAGUACUACCCUUUUCAGUCCAGGAAGUAUGGAAAAACUGUCUGACCCCAAAUCAGCACCAUGUUCUCCUGCCUUAACUACUGAUCAAGUUGCAAAAUCUGCAUCUCUGGCUGCUCCGGGAAGUGUUCCGGUAGCUGGGAAACUUUUCUCAUACAAAGAAGUUGCAUUGGCUCCACCUGGAACUAUUGUAAAGGCAGCAACAGAGCAGCUGACUAAAGGACCAACUCAUGUUGAAGUGAGUUCACAAGAGAGCCCGGACAAAGCUACAACUGAGCUCACUCUUGGUGAAGUGGCCACUGUAAAAGAUGCAGAGAAUGGGACAGCUGAGAGAAUUGGUGCGGAACAAAAAGUUGAAGGUCUUGUUAAUGAGAUUACAGACACUGACAAACAAGAAUCUACAUCUGCACAAGUCCAGGAGGUGACUAACGAGCCUAGUAAAGAAAUAGAAGUUGAUGCUGCUGGAAAUCCUUCUCCAUUGGGAGUUGAAAGUUCUGAGGCUUCGAUACAAAUAGAAAGUGAUUAUGCUUCAUGUGAAGAAAAUUCAUCUAUUUCAAAAGAAAAGGCGACUGAAAAUAAUUUAGCAGUUGACAGUGUUGAAGUAGAGAAGCAAGAUGAAGUGGAAGCUGCGAAGGAAACAACUAAGAAACUUUCUGCUACUGCACCUCCCUUCAAUCCUUCUACAACUCCUGUCUUUGGCUCAGUUUCAGGUCCAGGAUUUAAAGAUCAUGGAGGUAUUUUGCCUCCACCUAUAAAUAUUCCUCCAAUGCUUACUGUUAAUCCAAUUCGCAGAUCACCACAUCAGUCAGCAACAGCCAGGGUCCCCUAUGGUCCACGGUUAUCCGGUGGCUACAAUCGGUCUGGUAAUCGGGUUCCACGUAAUAAACCAGCUUCACAAAAUAGUGAUCAUAUUGCGGAUGGGAAUCUCUUCAACGCUCCUAGAAUUAUGAAUCCCCAUGCAGCUGAGUUUGUACCAGCCCAGCCUUGGGUUCCAAAUGGCUAUCCAGUAUCUCCAAAUGCAUAUUUGGCUUCUCCAAAUGGUUUUCCGUAUCCCCCUAAUGGUAUCCUGCUGUCCCCAACUGGUUAUCCUGCACCAGUAAAUGGUAUUCCGGUGACACAAAAUGGUUUUCCGGGAUCUCCAAUUAGUCCAGCAGAUGCAUCGCCAACGGGUUUAGACAAUUCUGAAACAAAAAAUGAGACUGAAGAAGCAACAAGUAAUGAUAUGACUAAUUCAGCAACUGAUGGUGAAUGUGAGAAUCAACAACAAAUGGAGCAAAAGCCACAUGUUCAAUCUGUAGACACUGCUCACUCGCUCUCUGAAGGUCAAGAUGAGCUCCUUGACACUGCUCCUGUUGCAAAAAAAGAAAUUUCCCAGGACGUGGUUGUGCAGAACAAGUCCGGCAAGCGCUGGGGAGAUUACAGUGACAAUGAAGCUGAGAUUGUUGAUGUUUCUUAUUAAAGGAGAAUCACCAGUUUUGCAUUACCUCAGAUAAUUUUGUUCGCGGUGCAGAGCGUUACGAGACGGCAAUAUUAUUUAACGAACUCUUGUCAAGUUGAAACAAAUAACAAAUGUUGCUGAGUGGUAGUUUCUUUUGCUGUAGUACAAGCGGCUGCAAUCGAGGCUAUGUGAAUACACAUGCAGUUUAGGUACGUAGCAGAAGUCUACCUAUUUAAGUGUCGCAGAUUGCUUAAUAUGUUGAUGAAAUAUACCACAAGCAAGGAACAAUUUCGUUAGCAUUCUUGUUUAUUGAUAUCUGUUCCUUAUCUGUAAAUUCCUCUCCUCGAAUCCGGUCAUAAUGUUAACCUAAAAACGAAACGAUGCUUGGAUGAAUUAUACUUCCCAGAUCA